AUGACACACUCCACGCUGCCCGGGCCGACGGGCCACGCCUCCCGGCCCGGGGCGGAGUUGACGCCGCCGAGCCCGCCCCGGCCCGCGCCCGCCAAUCGUGCGGUGUGCUCAUCUUUUGCCACAGGCCCCAGACAAUACGAUGGAACAUUCUAUGAAUUUCGUACCUAUUGUCUUAAACCUUCAAAGAUGAAUGAGUUCCUGGAAAAUGUUAAGAAAAACAUUUAUCUUCGGACAGCUCACUCUGAAUUGGUUGGAUGUUGGAGUGUAGAAUUUGGAGGCAGACUGAAUAAAGUGUUUCAUAUUUGGAAGUAUGAUAAUUUUGCUCAUCGAAGUGAAGUUCGGAAAGCCUUAGCCAAAAAUAAGGAAUGGCAAGAACAAACUCUUAUUCCAAAUUUGGCUCUCAUUGAUAAACAGGAGAGUGAGAUUACAUAUCUUGUACCAUGGUGCAAAUUAGAAAAACCUCCAAAAGAAGGAGUCUAUGAACUGACUAUUUUUGAGAUGAAACCUGGUGGGCCAGCUCUGUGGGGUGAUGCAUUUAAAAGGGCAAUCAAUGCCCAUCUUCAUCUAGGCUACACAAAACUAGUGGGUGUUUUUCACACAGAAUAUGGAGCACUCAACAGAGUUCAUGUUCUUUGGUGGAAUGAGAGUGCUGAUAGUCGAGCAGCUGGAAGACAUCAGUCUCAUGAGGAUCCCAGAGUUGUGGCGGCUGUUCGGGAAAGUGUCAAGUACCUAGUGUCUCAGCAGAAUAUGCUUCUGAUCCCUGCGUCAUUUUCACCAUUGAAGUAAUUAUCUACUGAACUACCAUUUCAUUAACUGGUGUAAAAUGUGUCUGCUAAUGAUGCUUACAUUCUCCCAAGAUGUUCUCACUUUUAUUUGCAGGAGGUGGUAAGUUAAUUUGCUGUGUUUAUUGAGUUUUUGAAAGCAGCCUCUGUCUGUAUUUUAUUCCCACCACUUCAGAACAUAGUUUUGUUCAUUUAUUUAUUGUACAUUAGAAAUCGUCACUACUUCAUGAUCUUGAUUCGUUUUAGAACAACUCUUCUUCUGUAUCUGAUAACUGUGCUUUAUAGCAUAUUCUUAUAUUCAAAUAAUGAUUUUACAUGUCCUUACCUGACAAUAUUUCUAAGUUAUUUAUAUACAAUAUCUUUUUAUCAUGUCUGUUUUUUCUGAGGUUUAAAAAUUUUUGUGCCAAGUAAAGUUUAUUUUGUGAUAUCAAAUGAGAUUUAUAAAAAUACCAGAUCAAAUAUAUUUCUUUACUCUGGAAAAGUACAGUAUCACAUGUGUCAUCUGUAUUAAUUAUGAUUUUCACAUCAAAUAUUUUCACUCUAACUUGGAAAGUAAUGUAAUUAGGUCAUGUCAUUAAAAAUCUGAAGAAGACUUGUUGGUUUAUAUGCUGAAAUGUAUUCAUUUGAAAUUAAUUUUACGAAUUUUUACUUCAUUUUGGAUCACUAUUUAACAAAGAUCUGAGGACAUUUAUUUGUUUUAAAGAGAUCUUUAUGGUUAUAGAAAUGCUUGCUCUAAUAAAAGCCUAUAUAUCCAU